CUAAUGCAACUGGCUCAACACAAGCUGUGAAUUACAUAAACAUUAUCCGCGGAUGACUACCUCACGAACUAAUUUCUUGCUAGUUGCUUUAUAGCUUCUGAAUCGGCCGACCGUCUUCUCGGUCACAUCCAGCAAUCAACCAUGGCGGACCAACUGACUGAAGAACAAAUCGCUGAAUUCAAAGAGGCGUUUUCAUUGUUCGACAAAGACGGCGAUGGAACCAUCACCACCAAAGAAUUGGGAACCGUCAUGAGGUCCCUUGGACAGAAUCCCACGGAAGCUGAGCUACAGGACAUGAUCAACGAGGUCGAUGCUGAUGGCAAUGGAACCAUCGAUUUUCCCGAGUUCCUGACCAUGAUGGCGCGCAAAAUGAAGGACACUGAUUCUGAGGAAGAGAUCCGCGAGGCCUUCAGAGUGUUUGAUAAGGAUGGAAAUGGUUUCAUUUCGGCUGCUGAGCUCAGGCAUGUCAUGACCAACUUGGGUGAGAAGCUGACUGAUGAGGAGGUGGAUGAAAUGAUCCGUGAAGCGGACAUUGAUGGUGACGGCCAGGUCAAUUAUGAGGAGUUCGUCACCAUGAUGACCUCCAAGUGAGGUGCCUGCCGGCCCUAAUUUAUUACUUGAAACACAUUCCACCACAGUCAUUUUUACAUUUCCAAAGAUAAAUACACACAACCACACACACACACUCAUCAAUGAAUCACUCGCUGAAAUUGGUUGUUUGAUUGGUCGGUCCAGCCCAGACAGGGCCCAGUCCAGAAAGAGAUGACUUUUCGGUCAAAAAUUGUAAAACAACUAAAUAAAUUUUAAGAAGUUAAAUUAAUA